GCCCUGGAGGCGGAGAAGGUUGUCGUUGCCUCGGCGGUCGCAUCCACGGAAAAGGUGUCGGCGCCACCCCAUUCCCGGACCCCGCCGAUCGUCCCAGAGGCUCUCCUGUGCGCUCUCAGUGUUGCCAGCCGCCCGCCCCUCACCCUGCGGACCGCGCCUCCUGCAUCAUGUGCGGUAUAUUUGCUUACUUAAACUACCAUGUUCCUCGGACAAGACGAGAAAUCUUGGAGACCCUAAUUAAAGGCCUUCAGAGACUGGAGUACAGAGGAUAUGAUUCUGCUGGUGUGGGAGUUGAUGGAGGCAAUGACAAAGAUUGGGAAGCCAAUGCUUGCAAAAUCCAGCUUAUUAAGAAGAAAGGGAAAGUUAAGGCACUGGAUGAAGAAGUUCACAAACAACAGGAUAUGGACUUGGAUAUAGAAUUUGAUGUGCAUCUUGGAAUAGCUCACACCCGUUGGGCAACACAUGGAGAACCCAAUCCAGUCAAUAGCCAUCCCCAGCGCUCUGAUAAAAAUAAUGAAUUUAUUGUUAUUCACAAUGGGAUCAUCACCAACUACAAAGAUUUGAAAAAGUUUUUGGAAAGCAAAGGCUAUGAUUUUGAAUCUGAAACAGACACAGAAACAAUUGCCAAGCUUGUUAAGUAUAUGUACGACAAUCGGGAAAGUCAAGAUACCAGUUUUACUACUUUGGUGGAGAGAGUUAUCCAACAAUUGGAAGGUGCUUUUGCACUUGUAUUUAAAAGUGUUCAUUUUCCUGGGCAAGCAGUUGGCACAAGGCGAGGUAGCCCACUGUUGAUUGGUGUACGAAGUGAACAUAAACUCUCUACUGAUCACAUUCCAAUUCUCUAUAGAACAGGCAAAGACAAGAAAGGAAGUUGCAAUCUUUCUCGUGUGGACAGCACAACUUGUCUUUUCCCUGUUGAAGAAAAAGCGGUUGAGUAUUACUUUGCUUCUGAUGCAAGUGCUGUCAUAGAACACACCAAUCGCGUCAUCUUUCUUGAAGAUGACGAUGUCGCAGCAGUGGUGGAUGGCCGCCUUUCUAUCCAUCGAAUUAAACGAACUGCAGGAGAUCACCCUGGUCGAGCUGUGCAAACCCUCCAGAUGGAACUACAGCAGAUCAUGAAGGGUAACUUCAGUUCAUUUAUGCAGAAGGAAAUUUUCGAGCAGCCGGAAUCAGUUGUGAACACAAUGAGAGGAAGGGUCAACUUUGAUGACUACACUGUGAAUUUGGGUGGUUUGAAGGAUCACAUUAAGGAGAUUCAGAGGUGCCGGCGUUUGAUUCUUAUUGCUUGUGGAACAAGUUAUCAUGCUGGUGUAGCAACACGUCAAGUGCUAGAGGAGCUGACUGAGUUACCUGUGAUGGUGGAACUAGCUAGUGACUUCCUGGAUAGAAACACUCCAGUUUUUCGAGAUGAUGUUUGCUUUUUCAUUAGUCAGUCAGGUGAGACAGCAGAUACCCUGAUGGGUCUGAGGUACUGUAAGGAGAGAGGAGCUUUAACCGUGGGAAUCACAAAUACAGUUGGCAGCUCUAUAUCAAGAGAGACAGAUUGUGGAGUUCACAUUAACGCUGGUCCUGAGAUUGGGGUGGCCAGUACAAAGGCUUACACCAGCCAGUUUGUAUCCCUUGUGAUGUUUGCCCUUAUGAUGUGCGAUGACAGGAUCUCCAUGCAAGAAAGACGCAAAGAGAUCAUGCUUGGAUUGAAACGGCUGCCUGAUUUGAUUAAGGAAGUACUGAGCAUGGAUGAUGAAAUUCAAAAACUGGCAACAGAACUUUAUCAUCAAAAGUCAGUCUUGAUAAUGGGGCGUGGCUAUCAUUAUGCUACUUGUCUUGAAGGGGCACUUAAAAUUAAAGAAAUCACCUACAUGCACUCUGAGGGCAUCCUCGCUGGUGAGUUGAAACAUGGGCCUCUGGCUUUGGUGGAUAAGCUGAUGCCUGUCAUCAUGAUCAUCAUGAGAGAUCACACUUAUGCCAAGUGUCAGAAUGCUCUUCAGCAGGUGGUUGCUCGGCAGGGGCGCCCUGUGGUGAUUUGUGAUAAGGAAGAUACUGAGACCAUUAAGAACACGAAAAGAACGAUCAAGGUGCCCCACUCUGUGGACUGCCUGCAGGGCAUUCUCAGUGUGAUCCCCUUGCAGUUGCUGGCUUUCCACCUUGCUGUGCUGAGAGGCUAUGAUGUUGAUUUCCCGCGGAAUCUUGCCAAAUCUGUAACUGUAGAGUAAAGAGCACCUGAAACUCGGGGCAGUUAAGCAACAGAUGACACCUUUUGUAUUUAAAAUCUUGAUUUAAAAUAUCACUCCUUUACACCUUUUUUAGUAAAUUCUAAUUUAUAUAUUAGUUACAAUUAUUCCACUUAAUUAGUGGUUUUUGUGAAAAUUACCUCUUAUAUUUUUCCAGUGAUUUGUGGGGGAGUUUGAAUAAUGAACUCUAUAUCAGAAAGAGAUUUUAGCUAUCAUUUUCUUUUAAGAAUACUGGGUGUUGAAUUUCUGGGCCCUCCACUUCAAUCUGAGAGGAUUGCACGUUUUUAAAAUAAUUGGCAUUUGUUUUACUAUGCAUCUAUUCAGUCAGACCAGUGAAAGAGUAGUGCAUUUAACUGGGAUAUCGAAAGCCAGCAGCAAAGUAUGCUAACUCUUGGACAAGUGAAUUAAGAUUUUGCUAAGCUAUAUAUAAAGAGAAGAUGCUGUGAUUUAUUUGAAACAUGUUUCUGUUUGUUUUUAAAUCAAACUGUAAAACUUAAAAACUGAAAACUUUCUGGUGGGAUUUCUAUCUAAAUUAGGUUAACCUUAGUUUCUCAGACUUUUUUGCCUCUUAUAAUCUGUAGGUCGAAGUAAUUUAGGAAGCAAUAUAUUAUGGUACUGCAUUGGUUUUUUCUGACCCUUAAUAGAACGUAUUUGCACAAUUUUAUAGCACAAGUUUAAAUUUGAGCUGCUUUGGACAACCAACAAUUUGAAUAUGAAUUUAAAGAUAGGUUGUGUAGGUAUUGGAUGUCAUACUCCUUAUUUUCUCAUCAACUAAAAGUGGUUAUUUAUAUUUCAUUCUAUCUACAGGUUAUCGAUCAUUUUUUAAAUGACUGCUGAAUGACAUAUUUUAUCUUGUUCUUUGAAACUGCAACAGAGAGCUGCUAUCAGAUGUCUCAAAUUAAAUCAAUACUGAUAAAUCGAUGUUAUACCUCUUCAAUUUUGUCCCAAGGAAGAAUUUCAUGUAGUUAAUUUUAACUUUCCUUCAUUGCUUCCUUACAUAAAACUACUACCUUAGUGCCAGUUUGGAAGCUCUUUGCAAUUGUUUGGAAGAUUUGCAAGUCUUUUGACUAAUCAUUUGCCUCUAAAUUGCAUGGUGAGCUAGCCUCAGAAAAGCUAUUUGCUUUAUACUGAUAAUGGUGAAGGAUUGCAUCAAAUUUAGUAUUAUUUCGUUGUCAUUUUUCUAUUUGUAUUUUCUGUGUUCUCCUAGAAUAUAGGUAAGAAUGAAGGUGAUACAAAUGAAAAGAUAUUGAGGUACCUUCAGCUGAUUAGUGUCAGAAAUGGAAGUUGACAGCCUAAAAUAUUUAGGGUAGAAAUAUUAGUUUGACACCCAAAAAGUUGUAAUAAUUUCUUUAAUGGAGUUUUUUUGUGUUUUUUUUUGUGUGUGUGUGUUGUUGUUUUUUUUUUUUUUUUUGCCAAAUCUUGGGGGCUGAUUUGGAUUUGUUUGCAUUUGUUUUUGUUAAGUCCUUUCAUGUGUUUUCGCUUUAAAAUUGUGAAGGUGCGAUAUUUAGCACAGUUAUUUAAGUAAAGUCAGUCUUUGCCUUUCUUUUUUUGAAUUUCUUAAUGAAGUUGAGUUUUUAUUAGCUAUUGUUUCUGCAAGAGAAGCAUAGAAUUCUGCUGUGUAUUAGGGUUAGAGAAAGAAUUGGCAUAUUUUGAGGUAAUCUGGCAGGACUGUCAUAGAUGGAGAAUAGAAACCUAAUUGUUUUUAAAAAUAAAGUAGUGUCACUAUUUACAUCAUAUAUUUAGCUACUAUAGCUAUAUUUAACUUCCAUUAUUGUUUCUAAGACAAUUUUCUGUAAGCCCACUAGUUUUAGUAUACAUAUGAAUGCCAUUAUUUCUUAUGUUGGGUACGUUAGCUUUUUACACACACCAUUUGUAUAGAUUUUGUAGCAUUUGAUUCAGAAUUCUGAGUUAUAACUAGUAUGUGAAAGCAGUCAUUAGCUUGAAUUUAGAUCAUUUGUCUUUCUAUCUCUCUGUGCCUCUCUAUCUGUAAAAUAUACACACACACACACAUAUUCCAAGCUAUGGUAAGUCCUUAACUGAAUAUCAAAAGCUGACAUUUAGAACAAAGAAGUGGUAUUUUCCAAACCAAUGUGGUUUGUCCUCCCUCUUCCUUCUUGCUCCCUACCUCAUUUAAUGUUAUGAUUUUUAAAUGCUUUUAUAAAUUAAUUCUGAACACAAAAAAUUACUGUAAUAUGAGCUCAGUUAAAACCAAUGUUAUGUGCUCACUUCAGCAGCACACAUACUAAAACCAGUAUGAUUUAGGAUAAGAAAAUCUGACUUUUCAAGAAAGAUAUUCUAUAAAAAGACUCAAUAGGAAAAAAGGAGUCCUCUUUCUUAUAGUACAUUUAAAGUUUAAAUUCACUCAUAUAUAAGUUAGAGCUUUUUUAGGCAGGAGAUUAUAUCUGUGUAGCACCUAGCUCAUGGCUCAGGAAAUGAUUAUUACUUUGGAGUAAGGUUUUCUAACUUUUUAAAAUCACCAUGCUAUAGUAAUAAAAGAGAAAAAUUAAUGUUAACUUUUUAGUUUGUUACAACUGUGUCGACAAGUAUUUACUAAUACCUAUUAUGGACAAGUCACUGUUCUAGGAAUUGAUAAAUAUGAGCAGAGUCGAGUUGUCCCCAGGAUGUCUCAUCAUUGGUGAAGACAAGGUUCGUUGGAAGGCACAGAGUGAUAGCAUGGAAGUGUUGAGUUGAGCUGGGUUGUUAAAUGUUGUGAGUGGAUAUGUUUACUUAAAUAACUGUACAAGUCUUGGGGUGUACCUGUUCAUAAGAGGUGAAAAUGCACUUUGUGAAGAAAGCUAGUGUCACAGGCUGUUAACGAUCCAUAUAUCUAUGGUACUCUAAGGAACAGCUAUGAUUAAUAUGCAAAGAUGAAAAACAAUCAAUCAUCAGGACUACUCAAAGGGAACUGACAUUCGGUGCUGUGCGGCUGAGGUUAUUGGUUAAGAGAACUAACACAGGUUUUCUCUUCGAUUUCUUGGAAGGUUGUUCCUGAGAUGAUACUGUCUUCUGAAAGCAGGUCUGUUGUCGCUGGUUAGUUGCUAGGAUGGGAGGAAACAGACCUUCUUUGACUCCUUGUUAAGAUUCCUCUGAGAUUUAUUUCUUUUACUCUUUAAAGAAGGAAAACCAACUGAAAUACUUACUUUAGCAAACAUUAUUAAAAGCCUUUUAGGUAAUGUUUUUUUCUCUUUUUAAAGAUUAGGCUAUACUCUAGUAAUAAAAGAGAGACUAAUACUGAUUAUUUAUUGUGUGCUUCAACUGAAUUGAUUUGUCUAAAAAGCACAGUGUCAUUGAAAAGUAAUUCAUAACUCACAUUGAAUUUGUGAAGGCCAAAGAAAUCAAAGGGAAUGGUAAAGAAAUAUUUUACUCUUAUGAUAAUCUACAUAUUUAGUAGAUUUUGUAUAUAAGAAUACCAGAUAGAGUGUUUUACCCAUGGAAACAGAUAUUAGAUUACUUUACUUUGUUUUCACUGUUAAGAGUCUCUAGAUUAGAAGUUUUAACACUUAAGUUGGGUUUUUAUCCACAAUAUUUGAAGAUUGUUAAUAUUUUAAUAUCUCCCUAGCUUUAUGAAUUUAACCGUAUCUUCAGAUCUGUGACAAUGACAACCAGCAAGACCGAUAAUGUUAGCUUCCUACCAGUAAUAUCCAAGAUUAAAAUUAAAAUCGUAGUUAACUAGCAAGACUGUAAAGUCAUGCCAUAUUAACUUCUAAGUCUGUAAUAGCUUAGUAUCAAAAUGUUAAUGGAAUAUACCAUAAAUAAUGGCUAAUGAGAGCAGCUUAGGACAUUCUCUAAUUACUUAUCUUACUAUACUGUUUUCAGAAUGAAUAUAGAAAUGAUCCUAUUGAAUUUUAAUGUUCUGUAGUUGAACACAUUUUUGCUUAAAUAAAACUUUUGGUUUUUGCUUAAGUUAUACUUCUUGUGAGCUGGCAAUUUUAGAAUCUCCUUGCUUUGUUUCAGUUUUCUGUUCUUUGGAAUGAAUGUUUAGCUUUCUGAGCCAAUUGAUCAUUUCUUCCUCAUAUCUUGUAAGUCCAGCAACUCAAAGCCUGAACUGUGAAUAAAUUACAAAAAACUUGCCAAGAAUUACAUUUUAUAGCAAUUUGCCAGUAUUUGAAGUGUUCACAUUUUUGCAGUUGUGAUAUUGUAUGGUACUAAGAAUGUAGCCCAUGUUUAGUUUAGUUAUGAUAAACAUUUCUGACACUAAAAGUUUAUUCACUACCAUUGCUUUUUAAAAGAAGAAAUGAUUGCAUAAAUAGGUAUGAAAAGCUGUAUCUCUCCACCCAACUUCUCAGUUGUUUUAGAAAGGCAUGUUAGAUAAAACAGAGUACUUUCUGAUAUCAUACUCCACAGAUACUUCAUUUUUUCAAGUCUUAAAAAAAAUUUUUUUUGACAAUAAUAUGUCAUUUGUUGCAAAUUUCCAAGGUAUACAGUGUUCAAACACUUGGUUUGAAUGAAGUGAUAUUUGCAAAAGAAGGAUAUUUAAGGUGGGUGAGCAUGCAUUUCAAAUCUAAAGUUUCUGUAGUAUCUGGCAAUCUAUUAGUUUUAGAACAAAGAUUCCCUUUACAGAAUCCUUUCAUGAACAGCAAGCUAGAAUCUCCAUCCCUAGCGCUUACAGCACUUGCUGUGUUUUGCAGGAGACAGAGUUAUGCCAGGGUGGUUUGAAUGAAUAGAUUUGCUGUUUUUCCUACCUUUAACAUUGAGCACCCCCUCUGGCCUCCCUCCCUGCACGUUGCUCUGCAGCAAAGCCUAGGGCUGCCACAUCAGCAUUGAUCAUUUUCCCCACAGGCCACUUUUUUAACAUAAAAUUCAGCUUUACUUCUAGUAAAUAAUUUCUCUAAAUUCCCUCAAAUUGGCUGUCAGUAAGAAUUUACUGAAUGUGUUCUAAAGGCCAAGAAAUAAUUUCUUGGGAAAUUAAGAGGACAUUUUACAUUGUAGUGGCAUUUGGGCAAAAAUUAAUUCUUUAACUUAUUUUGGAUGAGGGAAAGAAGUAAAGGUUCAUUUUUUCUCAAUCUGAAGGUGAAUCGUUUUCCCUUAUUUUUAAGAUGAUGGAGGAGCUUUAUUAACUUAACAAGCACCUAGGAGCUAUAAACUAAUCUUGUAAUAAUGUACAGAAAAGGUACCAAGUUAUAGUUCAUUUAAACAACUGACCCUUCCCAGGAAGUGUAUAUGUAGUAAGGAUAAGUUCAUGAUUCUGUUUAGGUUAACGUGUUUGCAAGAGAUGACUGCCAAGGUUGAAAAGGCACAUUUGUGGACUUCACAUAAGCAUGACACAUUGACUCCAAUUCCAAGCUUCAAUUAUGCUUUUUCUCAUAGGAUAUCUGGUAAAAGGCCAUAUUUGACUUUUUAUAUUUCAAGAGAUUUUGAGUAUAAUUAAUUCUGAGGAUGGGAGGAAAGGAGCCUUUUUAGCUCCUUGUUAAGAUCUCUCUGACUUGGUUUUCCUUCUGCGCAAAGUAAAAGAAACUGAAAUAUUUGCUUUAAGAAACAUGUCUUUAAAAGCCCGUCUUCAGGUCAGUGAAAAUAUGGAAUUAAAGAAUGGAGCUUGUAAACAAUUUUAGAAAUGCUCUUCUGAUAGAAUUGCAAUUCUUCCCAUUCAUAUAUAUUGUUCUGCCUUUCUGUAUGUGGGUAUAAAAAUUAGAGUGUUUAUACUUAUUAGGAUGAAAGUCGUUGGCAUUUUUUCAUAUGCUUUCGAUUUCCGUAGCAUACUGAGUGAUUUAGAAGCAUCUGAUAAUUCAAAAACCAGAACCACCAAAUAAAGUAUAUCAUGGAACUCACAGAUAAUCAAAAAAUUUUCGAUGGCUUUUGUAUACCCUGGUGAUUAGGAAUUAAUUUUUGCCUCUGUUACUCAGCUUUGUGUGUUUUGAAAUGAAGAAAAAUAUGGUGAGGUCUUAGAAGAAAAAUUGCCAGAAUUCCCAAAGCAUAUAAUACAAGGAAAUACUCAAUGAGAAAGAAUUCUAGGUACAUUGUACCUAAAGGGCGAAUAAGGGAAACACUAUUGUGAACUGGGUAUAGCUCCCUGGUACUUAAUAAUACUUUCUUCAUUUGUGAGAACCCAAGGUUGAUAUCUGUUAACUUUAGAUUGUCAUACAACAUCUAGGCUUCCGAGGCCUGAAUGUAUCGUGAUCACUGCAGUUUGUUUCUGCCAGCAGCCCCCUUUCUGAUGACACUGUCCUCAUUAGGAAGGCCAGGUUGGCAUCAGUCAUUGGUGUUUUACUAUGACAAGUUCAAUGUGAGAUGGCCUCAUGAGACAGGUUGAUACGUUGUCUUGGAAUAAUGGCCCUAAUGGGAGGGAAAAAAUCUGAGACAAUAAAGGCUUAAUUUCUAGGCAAGAGAAGUAACAUUGCAUUAAAUUCUAGUUUCUCUCUGUUAGACUUGAAUAUGUCUGUCCAGUGUGAUUUAUGGGGGCUUUGUGCUUUUUUUUUUCCCCUCUUGUACUUUGUAUGUAGAGUUGUUUUGAAAUAUCAAAGCAUAUUUGCUCUGAAUUUUAUUUUUUACUUUCUUAAUUUUGUAUUUAGCCUUUGAAUAAAAUAUAAACCCAGUAUUGAUAUUAUUAUUUACUUUCACUGCUGCUGUGGAUAAAUCUAGGAACUGGAGAAAUCUUUCUCUUGUUUUUUUCUGGUUAUUAACUUGGACCCAUGUGUUGUUACUCAAGUUUAAAGCAUUUAUUUGUUUAAAAGUAACAGAUUACUUUGAAAUUUCAUUUAUGUAGUCUUUUUUUUGUUGGUGCUUUAAGUGAAAUGGGAAUAUACACUAGCCUCUGAAUACAGAAUUGACUUUACUGACACAGUAUUAGUAACUUACUUGCUUUGAGUUAUUUUCUCAGUAGAGAUGAAUUUGUACAUGAGUUAUUUUCUCAGUAGAGAUGAAUUUGUACAUAUUUGUUUGCACACUCCUGCUUUUUCUUGUGACAGAAGACACAGAAAUGAAAGAGAGUGACUGGAUUCCCCAGAGAAAAGCUAGUUGACUUGUAGACACUUUGUCUCUACAACUUGACCUUCCCAACAGAGUGAUGUUCCCAAGCUAAUGAUUCUCAACUCCUUUUAGUUUAAUGUGUGGAAAUUAAGGGCAACUCUGGAAAUGUUGACAGUCACCCUAUCAGAAGACAGGACUGAUUUUUAACUUUAUUAUUAUUUUAAAAAUUAAAGACACUAACCAUGGUUUAGCUUGGGCCCAAAUAAGAUCCCUGAAGACUUGACUCAUUAUUUAAGUGGGCAAUCAAUUCACAAAUGUUAACAGCCAAUUUUUGCUUUUCCCACUGUCUUACCUUGUGCUGUCCAGUGUCCUGGGUACUCUAGGUAUACAGAUCAUAUGAGAAGUACCUGUGGACAAAUGAACUGCUUUAAACAACAUAUAUACUUCUUGGUGCCUAAGCACAAUGACUUUGCCAAGGUAGUUGCUUAAUAAAGUAUCUGCUGACAUAAAUUGUAA